GUUUCCGGUAGGUCGGAAACAGGAGUGAACCAUCUAGGUGAACUCUCUACUCUUUAGCUACACAUGCUAAAAACUACUUGUGCUGAUUUUCGCGGAUCUGUAACAUGGCCUCCAGUUCCUUGGGCAGACGACUGGUGGCUUGUCUCCUCAAUGUUUCUGAGGCUCGCAGGAAAGAGCUGGUGGAGACUGUGGCCAAAGCGGCUUUAUACAACACCGAAGGUGUUAGACAAGAGGGGACCACAGUGCUGAACAUCUUUAACGAUCAUGACUAUAACCGCUCUGUGAUAACCAUUGUGGCCAGCAUCGACUCUAUCAGGGAGGCGGUUCUGUCGGCCUGUGAGAAAGCCUGUGGGCUGAUUGACAUGUGUGCUCACACGGGGGUCCACCCAUGUAUGGGUGCCGUCGAUCUCAUACCCAUCUACCCCCUGGGGGAGGAAGUGCGAGUGGAGGACUGUGCUAAAGAGGCUCGGGCUGUGGCUCAGGGACUUACAGAGAGGGUCCAGGGCACCAGUGCCUUCCUGUUUGGCUGGGCAGAUUCCCCCCUUCAACGGGGGCUGGCGCAGAGAAGGAAGGAGAUGGGCUGGUUCAAGAAGACGCCAGACUUGCAGGCGAUCAGGCCCGACCUGGGGCCACAGCCGCAGAGACGAUUCGGCCUCACAGGUGUUGGGGCCAGUCCAUACGUCAUGAACUGCAACGUCACUAUCAACACCCAGGACAUCGCCAUGGGACACAGCAUCGCCACAACCAUUAGAGAGUCGACCCCUGGGGGCCUACCAGGAGUGCAGGUGCUGGCUUUGCCACAUGAGGGUGCUGUGGAAAUUGCCUGUAAUGUGGAGAGUGUGAAGGGGAGCACGCCUAGUCACUUGACUGCAGGUGAACCCUGGCCGUCUUUCAGCAUCGACGGACAGCUGUACUGUCACGCUCCAGCUUCCCUCAUCACAGCGAGGGUUGCAGAGCUGGCAGGAAGGAAGGGGGUGGGCACGAAGGGCAUGGCAUUGGUGGGGUUCACUCCCCGUGAGUGCAGGGGCUUAGCAGAGUUAGCACUGUCUGAAGGGAUUGCGGAGUUCUGGAAAGAGCAGCGCAGGAUCCGUAUGUGAAAACUAAUCGUUGCCUAAACCAGUAAAACCUCAAACAAU